AUGGAAAAGAAAAACGUUAAAAUACCCUUCGAGGAAGCAUUGGAUAGAGCUGGUUACGGUUUAUACAGUUACAUCAACAUGUUCCUGUCAGGGUUGUCCACCAUAGCCAUGGUCUGCGUGGUCUACGGAGCAACCCUAACAGUGGCAGCCAGUGCCUGUGAACUUCAGACCACGGGGGCUCAGCAGGGUUUGCUAGUGGCAGCACCUAUUAUAGGUCUUAUCCUAGGAGCUCCACUAUGGGGCUACCUGGGCGACACGCGAGGCCGACGGCGUAUGCUGCUGCUGGCACUUAUAUCAUCAGCUCUCGUCAACGCCUUAUGCGGGCUCUCCGUCAAUUGGGUGAUGAUGAUGAUUCUGCAGUUUAUCGCAUCAUUAUUAGGUUCUGGAGUCUACACGUUAGCGAUGACGUUGCUGAGUGAGAGCGUCCCGUUGGCGAAACGAAAUACGGCAGUUCUGAUGGUUAACUGCAUGAUGGUGUUGGGACAGGGAGUCAUGGCAGUGAUAGCUAUCCCCAUCGCACCCCUAACCUAUUCCUACCAUCUACCCUCGCUGGAUAUCUACUGGAACUCCUGGCGCACGCUGGUGGUGACCUACUCGCUGCCGAGCGUUGUGUGCGCCUGCUGUUGCUACUUCAUGCAGGACAGCCCAAAAUUGACACUGGUAAAGGGCGACGAGCGAAGAGCCUUGGACAUUUUGAGGACUAUCCACAGGGUUAAUUUUGGGCGAGGAGCAGUUUUAGAUGUCCAAGCUAUCAGUUCCGAGGGUCUGAUCAGUAGCUCAGCAUCAAAGAAAGACCAAAUUGUGCCUCUGUUCAAGGCACCGCUGCUGAAGUACACCAUAAUCGUCAGCUGCCUCUACAUGUUUCAACUGUCUGGCUCGUUCCUCGCUUGGUUGCCCACUAUAGCCAACAGGGUGAUCAGAAUGUACGAGACGGGCGAAGUGGCUGAUAAAAUGAAUCUCUGUGGCAUCCUCAACUCGGACAUCGAGAUGGUUGUAGACCCGGAUGCCACGCCGUGCGCUAUGAACACAAUAUCCCUCCUCGUGGUGAUAGCUGUCGGCAUUCUACAGUGUCUUCUAAACCUAUUUAUCACACUUGUGGUGGUGAACCGAGCUGGCCGCCGCAACACCGUCAUGGUGAUCACCGCUUUCCUGGGCGCCUGCGGGAUCCUUGUGAACGUAGUACCCAACACCGUGGGGACUUCAGUCCUGUUUGCUGCCUUUCUUUUGGGCUACGUCGUUAUGGGAUUGUAUGCUGCUAUUGCUGUUGCCCUGUUUCCGACACAUUUGAGAGCAAUGGCGAUAGCUAUCACAACAACGGCUGGUAACAUCACCACCUUCACCGGGAUCCAGCUCGUCAACUUUCUGGUCUCCACACGGUGCGAGCUCGGAUUUUAUCUCUUGGCAUCCAUCUUUGCUUCAACCUCCAUCAUCGCAUCAUUCCUUCCUGACGAACGAUUUCUGCAGAUGCCAAAUCACCCGCAUCAGAGAAAAGCAUCGGUCUACAUGGAGAGAUUGUGA